AUGGAUAUUGAUAGAAGGUCGGCUUUAAGCUUCUCUCCCAGUAACAUCGAGUGCGGAUUCGGUAGCGAACAUUUUUCUAAUAACAGUAUAACAUGGAAAGAAAAAUAUGAACAGACAAAAGAAUUGUUGAGGAGUUAUAAUUUAUUUUCAGAUAAUUUAAUAAAUUAUAGUAUCGAUUUUUAUUUUAACAAGUUAGGAUUUAACAAGUUUCAUUUUGAAGAGACAAGUCCAGAGUUGAUCAGUAAAGUUGUUGUGUGUAUUAUAACGGCUAAGAUUAAUGAGCAGUAUUCUAGUGAUAAAUAUUUUCCUACUUUCGAAGAGACUCAUGACAAUGUGAUAUUUAUAAUAACUAGAGUAUUUGCUGAUGAUAAUAAAACAAGAUUAAAUUAUAAGAUGGAGAAAAAAAUCGAAGAGAAAUAUUUCAAUUUUUCUGAUAUGUCAAAAGAUUGUUAUAGAUUAAAAAGUUUUAGAUCAGUACAUUCUGUAUUUGAUAAAGAGCAUACAUAUCAAGAGCCUUUAAGAACUUACAUUUUAGAGUUACCAACAUACAAUGAUGAUAUAAUAAAAGAGAAUGAAACUGAUUUAAAAAAAUUAAUGGAUGUUAAUUUUUAUAAUUAUAUUAAGGGUACAAGAAGUGAACAGAUUUAUUAUGAAUUGAAUAAAGCUGUAUUAUAUGAUUUAACUGGUCAAUUUUUACAAACACAUUAUUAUGAAACCUCAUCAAGUACUUUUACGUUAACAAUAGCUGUUAAAAGAAGUAAUGUGAUAUCUUCUAUAUUUUCUUUAAUAGGUGAUUGUUUAAAUAUGCAUAGAUGUUUUUCGUAUUCUAAAUAUGUAGAACCCUUAAAAAAUGGUGUGCUGUUAAUAAUUUUAAAUGUAAAAGUUAUUAUGAAUGAACAUGAACAAGCAAAGCAGAAAUUAGAUUUAAAAGAUAAAAUAUAUAAAGUUGUAAAAUCAUUGAAAACUUUAUGUUUAUUUAAUGAUUCUAGGUUUAUUCAAUUAUCUGUAAAGAGAACAUUUACAGCACAAGAAUCAGCAUAUCUUUUUAUGAUGAUUAAGUUUAUAACAUUUUUUUCUACGAAUACAUUAUCUAGUUAUAAAAAUGUAGAGCAUGCAUUAAAUCUAAGGAAUUUUAAUAACAAUAUGAUGGAUUCUAGUACUAGUUCAUCAUCAACAUCUCCAUCAUCUGUUCUUAAUGAUUUUUAUAUUAUAAAAGAAAAGUUGAAGAGUUCAAAAUAUACAAAAGAAGAAAUAUUAAGAUGUGCUCAGAGUAAUGUUAGAACUAUAAAAAUGUUGUUUUCAAAUUUUGAGAAAAAAUUGAAUCAUCAAAGAAAUAAAUCAAGUGAGAUGAUAUAUGAUGAGAAUAUAAUGAAGAAUUCAAGUGAUAUGUUAAAAGAGUAUUAUUCAAAUAAUAAUAUGAACGAUGUUCAUCAUGGUACUUUAUCAUCUCUUGCUUCUUCUACAUCUUCUGCUGUUUCUUUAAAUUCAUUUUUGUCAGGAUCAUGUGACUCUCCCAAUUAUUAUCAUCAUAAUAAAGAUAGUAAAGAUAUCAUUGACGAGAUAGAAGAUAACCAUGAUAAAAAAAUAUUACAAUAUUUUUAUAUGUUUGAAAAAUAUGCCUUAAAAACAAACUUUUUUUUAACCCACAAAAUAAGUUUAGCUGUAGCUUUUGACGGUGCUUUAUUAAAAGAUUCUAUAUAUGAAGCACAACCAUAUUCUAUUAUUAUGAUAUUAGGUUUGCAUUUUGUUGGAUUCCAUAUACGAUUUAGUAAGAUAUCUAGAGGAGGGGUUCGUAUUGUUAUAUCUAACAAUGUAAAUUCAUAUAUGCAUAAUUCAGAUAAUUUAUUUGAUGAGGCAUAUAAUCUUGCAUACACUCAGAAUUUUAAGAAUAAGGAUAUCCCCGAGGGUGGAAGUAAAGGAAUAAUAUUAUUAGAUGCAGAUGUAUGUAAUGUUGCUAAUACAAAAUAUAUUAAAAAUUUAUCUUUCUAUUCUUAUGUGAAUUCUAUAUUGGAUUUAUUGAUAAAUGAAGAUUUAAAUGAAGAAAGUGUAUCUUCUAUAUCAGUCCAUUCUACUAACAAUGUAAUAAACAACACAACAAGUUCUUUUGACAAUGUUGUAAAUUUAAAGGAAAACAUGGUAGGCAGAGAAGUCGAACAUCUUAAUAUGACUAUGUCAUAUGGCACAAAUACAGGUUGUAAUAACAUUAAAAAUAAUACUAAUCUUUCUAAUAUGUGUGAUACAUACAAUUUGAAUAAUUCUGUGAAUAAUAGAAGUGUGAGUAAUUCAAGUAGUAAUAUUAAUAUGUAUGCACAAAAGGCAGAUGAGGAUGAUGAGGAAGAGAAAAACAAACAGAAUGGAAACAAUAAAAGAAAUGACAAAAAUGAAGAAAAUGGAAAAAGGGAUGAUCAUAUGAUGAAUGGUAAUUAUAAUUAUGUAAAUGGAACUACCGAAGAUGCUGUACAAAAAAUUAUGAGUUCGAAGUGUAAGUUGGAAGGAAAUAAUAAUAAUAAUAAUAGUAAUAGUAAUAAUAGUAAUAGUAAUGGUAAUAAUAUUAUUAGAGCAGAAGAAAGAUACAAUUCCUCAGGAUGUGCAUUAAAUAAUGUGAAGGAGACUAGAAAAAUGAUAUUACAAGAAAAAAUGAAUGAAGAAGAAGAUUUAAUAUUUUUAGGUCCAGAUGAAAAUACAGGUUCUGAUCAAUUAAUGGAUUGGGCAUGUAUAAUUGCAAAAAAAAGAAGAUAUCCUUAUUGGAAGACAUUUUCAACUGGCAAAUUAAGAAAGAAUGGAGGUGUUCCUCAUGACAUGUAUGGUAUGACUACAUUAGGUAUAGAAACCUAUAUAUCAAAAUUAUGUGAAAAAUUAAAUAUUAAAGAAGAAAGUAUUAGUAGAUCUGUUGUAGGAGGUCCAGAUGGUGAUUUAGGAAGUAAUGCUAUUUUACAGUCUAAAACUAAAAUAAUAUCUAUUAUUGAUGGAUCAGGUGUUUUAUAUGAUAAACAAGGAUUAAAUAAAGAAGAAUUAAUAAGACUAGCAAAAAAAAGAAAUAAUAAAGAUAAAAGUAAAGCUAUAACAUGUUGUACAUUAUAUGAUGAAAAAUAUUUUUCAAAAGAUGGUUUUAAAAUAUCUAUUGAAGAUCAUAAUGUAGAUAUUUUAGGAACUAAAGUUAGAAGUGGUUUAGAUUUUAGAAAUACAUUUUUCUUGAACCCAUUAAACAAAUGUGAAUUAUUUAAUCCAUGUGGUGGUAGACCACAUUCUAUUAAUAUAUUUAAUGUACAUAAUAUAAUUAAAAAUGGAGAAUGUAUAUAUAAAUAUAUUGUUGAAGGAGCUAAUGUAUUUAUAUCAGAUGAUGCAAGAAAUAUUUUAGAAAGUAAAAAUGUAAUAUUGUUUAAGGACGCAGCUACAAAUAAAGGGGGUGUUAUAUCAAGUAGUUUAGAGGUUUUAGCUGGUCUUGUAUUAGAUGAUAAGCAAUAUAUUGAUUAUAUGUGUUCACCUGAUAGUGAUAUUCUUCAAGUGGAUGAAAAUGAAAUUAAUUUUGUUCAUCAGAAUCAGAGAAUGAAUCAUUCUUUAUCAUUUAAAAGGGGAUCUAUGGAAAAUUUAGAGGACGAUGAUGAAAAAAAUAAAAAUAUCAAAACAUCUGUAGAAAAUAAGGAUCUUCACAAUAAUAAUAAUAUGAUGGAUCACGACGUUUCUGAGUUUUAUAAAGCAUAUGUAAAAGAAAUACAAAAAAAAAUCACACAUUAUUGUGAGUUAGAAUUUGAAUCAUUAUGGAAAGAAACCAGAAGAACCAAAACACCUAUAUCUAAAGCAAUUAAUAUCUUAUCAAAUAAAAUUAGUGAACUUAAAAAAGAUAUACUUUCAUCUGAUACAUUAUGUAGAGAUUAUAAAUUAUUAAAAAAAGUAUUGGAAGAUGUUAUACCACCAACAUUAUUAAACAUUGUAACAUUUGAGCAAAUUUUAGAGAGGGUACCUUAUGUAUAUAUAAAAUCUCUCUUUGCUUCUUCAUUAGCAUCAAAUUAUUAUUAUUCACAGCAGUUUUUGAAUGACUUAUCUGCAUUUAAUUUUUUUGAAUACAUAAGGAAAUUACAGAGCGAAAGUGCAUAA